AGGCGGCCAGUGGCGCAGAGCAUGACGGACCGCGAGAGCCGGGCGGGCCAGGCCGGGAGGAAACGGGCUCAAGGAACUGCAAUUCCCAGCAGCGCCGGGACUGGGAGCGUGGCGACAGGGCGGGGCGAGCUAGAAGAAGCCGUAAAGAUCAUUCUAGUCCAACCCCGCCUUUCACUGAGACCUGAGCCAACGUGUCGUGGUCUCACUGGGCCUCAGCUGACGAGUCGGGGCGUCCCAGGUGCGAAGUUUACUGGCGUGGAAGAGGCGUCGCCCGAAGUGCGAGAUGCAAGCGGGGAAGGUGUGUGCCACGCAUCCGGGGAGAGGGGAGCUACUCAGAAAUACGGGGAAACGCGGGGGGCGGAGCCAAAGCCCAUCCUCUAUUCCUAUUUCCGAAGCUCCUGCUCCUGGAGAGUUCGAAUCGCUCUGGCCUUGAAAAGCAUCGACUAUGAGACAGUGCCCGUCAACCUGGUAAAGGACGGGGGCCAGCAGUUCUCUGAAGAAUUCCAGGCCCUGAAUCCCAUGAAGCAGGUGCCGGCCCUGAAGAUUGAUGGCAUUACCAUCGGCCAGUCACUGGCCAUCAUCGAGUACCUGGAGGAGACUCGACCCACUCCGAGACUCCUGCCUCUGGACCCAAAGAAGAGGUGCCUCGUGCGCAUGAUUUCUGACCUCAUCGCCAGCGGCAUCCAGCCCCUGCAGAACCUGUCAGUCCUGCAGCAAAUGGGACAGGAGAACCGGCUGACCUGGGCGCAGAAGGUCAUCAAUUCUGGCUUUAAUGCUUUGGAACAGGUCCUGCAGAACACAGCGGGGAAGUACUGCGUGGGGGACGAGGUGUCCAUGGCUGAUCUCUGCUUAGUGCCUCAGGUGGCAAAUGCUGAAAGGUACAAGGUGGAUCUCACUCCCUACCCUACAAUCAGACAUAUCAACAAGUCACUGCUGGCCUUGGAGGCCUUCCAAGUCUCUCACCCCUGCCGGCAGCCGGACACACCUCCUGAGCUGAGGGCCUAGCUCUCAAAUCAUGCCCCACUGGUGCAGGAGUAGAAGCUACGUGGACUGAACAGGCCUAGAAACGAGCAAACCCUAACUGAAGAGGCAGGAGACUUGCACUCCUAGCCCUUGAACUUGAACUCUAGUCCUGGAUCUGCCUUCACACUGAGCCUUUCUGCCUUCAUUCCCUCAUCUGUCAAAUUAGGGCAUUGUGGAGUGGGAGUAUGCCGGGAGGGAGGGAGGUGAGAACAUGACCUACUCUUUGUCAUGGGGCAGUCAUGAAGAUGAAGUGAGAAUGUAGACUAAAAUGCCUAGCAAGUUUACCAGAGAGCCACAGGACGUCUGAGCGCCUCUUCCCAUCCCCUCCACUGUACCUGACUCCACAGAAUGCCCCUGCUGCAAUGUGAGAAUUAAACUGAAGCCUAGUCCGCCAGCUUGUUCAGUUAAGGCGGAUGUUCAGUUGUUCGAUUAAGGCAGUUCCAGAAAAUGAACACUCUUCCUGGCUGGAAUCGCUGUGUCUGGACCAGGAGAAGAAGUCAGCCAGCCCCUUACCCACCCUGUGGGAGGCCCCUGGGACCUAAUGCAAGGAAGAGAAAUCAGCCCAAAAACCUGCCUGAGAGAAUCGCACAAGAUCUAUAAGAUAACAGACCAUCGCUGUGCCAUCGCUGUGUUCCCCCGCAGCACUGAGAGGGAAGUGGGCCCUUCACGCCAGUCCCUCAUCUUUGGGGGCAGCAUUCUCUGGACCAGUCCCAGGAUUAGGCACUUAGGGUAAAUCCAGUCACGAAUGAAUGGCUCUGGGCACUGGAGAUAGCCUCCUCCAUGGACAGUGGGAAUAGAAACUGAGAGACCGGGUAACAGUUUACCUUUGGUUCCCCUGCCUGGCAAUGUUCAACCAGAACUAGGAUCACCUCUUGGCAGAGAUAUUGUAGGGAUACUGCGAUCACUUUUGGGAAUGAAACAAAAGACCUUUAUGUCUUUAUGUACCUGACAUUGCAUUUCCCUUGCAUGGCUGAUGUUUAAACAGGGAAUUAAGAUACGUGUCUGGUUCAAAUGGAA